AUGGACAUUCAGACGGACAUCCCCGGCGAGGGUCAGGGUGCAGAGGCUCUCGAGCCCGAUGAGCAUGUUCUCGCAGAGUUCCUCCGCGACGUGGCCCCGAUCAUGGAGCAGGAGUUGCUACUGGCCUGGCAGACCCUGCCCGUCUUCGAGUCCUAUGUGCCCGUCUGGGAUGAUGUGGCCGAGACAUGCGAGAUGACUCACCAGGUCUGGAAGGAAGGCCUCGUUGAUCUCCAG